AGAUGAACUUAUGUCAGUGUAGAUCAAUUUAUUAAACGUAGUUUAUGAUUCAUCUUUUUAUGUCAGUGAUAUCAUUUUCAGUUUUAAGAAACAGUGAAUUGUUGAUCAUAAGUUUUUUAUUAGUAUUCAGUAUUCAUAAUUAUAAUUAAGUCACAGAUUAAAUCCCAUACAACGUAGUAUUCUAAGCACCAAAAUUACUAACUACAGGUGACAAAAAACAAAAACAAAAUUAGAAUACAAUACUCUUUAGAAUCUAUAUAGAUAUAUUACGAUAAUGGGUAACGAAAUGUCAUCUAGUGCUAUGGAAAAGCAUCUUUUCAAUCUUAAAUUCGCAGUGAAAGAACUAGAAAGGAAUUCAAAAAAAUGUGAAAAAGAAGAAAAGCAAGAAAAAGCCAAAACCAAACAGGCAAUCCAAAAAGGCAAUAUGGAAGUAGCUAGGAUUCACGCAGAAAAUGCAAUUCGGCAAAAAAACCAAUCUCUCAAUUAUUUAAGGAUGUCUGCUAGAGUAGAUGCCGUUGCUAGUAAAAUACAAUCUGCAGUUACAACUAGAAAAGUUACGAAUUCAAUGGCGGGUGUUGUUAAAGCCAUGGAUGUAGCCAUGAAAAGUAUGAAUUUAGAAAAAAUCUCACAAGUUAUGGAUAAAUUUGAACAACAAUUUGAAGAUCUUGGAGUACAAACCGAUGUACUGGAAAAUACAAUGGGACAAACAACAACCACUCUUGUACCACAGAAUGAUGUAGAUUCUCUUAUGCAACAAGUCGCUGAUGAAGCAGGGUUGGAACUAAAUAUGGAAUUACCAGAAAAUCCUCAAGGUUCGACUGUAGGAACGGCUUCACAGAUGUCCCAAGAACAAGACGAAUUGAGUCAACGACUUGCCAGACUCAGACAAGCAGAAUAGAAAUCUCGAAAGGGAUCAGUGAUGGACAAUAAAAUAUAAUUAUCUACUUUAAUAUUGUGAAAUGGUUCUAUUCAUAACAGCUUGAAUAAAAUUAGGCCGUUUUACUAGAGAUCAGUAAAUAUUUUUGCAAGUGUAUAAUGUGAAAAAAGUAAAAAGGGAUCAUAUAAUCAAUUGACUACACUCGCUAUAAAUAUAAUAAAUGGUUUAUUUACUUCAGUCUCUAUUAUUUUGUUUACAUUUUUUAUCUGUUUAUUAUUUUCAAAUUUACUCUGCGAGAUGGUCUGGUAUAGGUACAGGCAAAAAAUCAAUAUGGCUGCUACUCUAUUGUAAAAUAUCCCAUACCAGAGAAUCACGACAAAAAUAAUGAUAUGUUUACAAUUAUUAUAAAUUUGUAUUUAUAUUCGAUUAAAAAUAUAUAUUUUAUUUGC